GUUCUUUGCACCAAAAUAAACAAAUCUACAAACAACCAAUAAAUUAUUGUUUAAUUAUUCCCCUGCUAAUCGAAGGAGCUACAAACUUUGAGUUGAAGUAAUGAUAUAAUUGAAUUAUCAGAACUACUUCCCUUUAAGAAUUCCUUAAACAAAUCAGCCACCCAUUUUUUAGAACAGCUUCCAUCUUUCCCCAUCUUUUUUUAAAUCAUCUUAGGACCUCUCCUUACUAUUUUUUAGACAUGAAAAACGAAAAGAAAAGACAAUGUUAUAUAUCCAAAACCUCAGUUAUGAUAUCCCUUCUCUCCCCGUUCACACCCACCUCAUUGAUCACUACGUGGCCAUUUGGGGGGCUUUAGGCAGUAUCUCGAAACAAAGCUUUACUGUAGCUGUCCCUCGAGAGUUUUUUUAUUAUUAUAAAAAAACCCUGGAGAGGGUUAUUAGGUUUACCCUUCAAAAAUUUAUGGCUGCAGCCGAAUUCAAUCACAAGGGAGAGAGAGAGAGAGAGAGAGAGAGAGGAAUAUGAAGCAAGAAGGAAUUAAGUAAACGAUCCGACAUACUUGGAGGUAGCGAUCCCACGUUGUGCUGGAGUGGAGUAAAUGAUGAUGCCCACGUUUUAUUGCAGAACAAUACUCCAAAGUGGAAAGCGUAAUUGAUGAUUGGGGGGUAGUUGACACAACACCCACCAGAGAAAGCACCGGAAGUUUGGCUCCCAACUUUUAUACUUGUACGGUUCUAACUGUCAGUCCUGGUAACAUAUAUGAUGUGAUACUGUUGCUCAUGCCCUUCAAUGAUUGGAACAAGAUAAACCGGGGUGGAGGUUGAAGGACAAGUCGGUGGAUUUAUUGAUAUCAAAGAUGAAUACUCAUCUUGCCUUUGGUAUAUAAAGUUUUCGGAGCUGGGAUUCUUUAUGUUGUCUUGGAUGAUUGGUGUUUGGAGGCUGAAUUGAACAUUGGAUUUACAGAUAGAGAUGGGAAUAAGAUGGUAUUGUGCUGGUUUUUUUCUUCUUGUGGUCGUCGCCUUGGAUGCGGGAUACUUUUGUGAUGGUGGGGUAACAAGUAGUUUUGCUAGAACCAAUAACAUAUCUGCUGAUAUGCCAUUAGACAGUGAUGUGUUCCGAGUGCCUCCUGGUUAUAAUGCCCCACAACAGGUUCACAUAACACAAGGAGAUUAUGAGGGGAAUGCCGUGAUCAUAUCUUGGAUCACUCCAGAUGAACCGGGUUCAAAUACUGUUCUUUACUGGGCUGAAAAUGGCAAACACAAGAGUCAUGCCAAUGGCAUUGUUCUUACCUACAAGUAUUUCAAGUACACUUCUGGAUAUAUACAUCACUGUACCAUCAGGAAUUUGGCAUUCGAUACAAAAUAUUACUAUGAGGUUGGGAUUGGGAAUACUACACGACAGUUCUGGUUUGUAACUCCUCCCAGAGCUGGCCCUGAUGUUCCUUAUACUUUUGGUCUCAUAGGGGAUCUUGGACAAACCUAUGAUUCAAAUAGAACACUUACUCACUAUGAGUUAAGCACAAUUAAAGGACAGGCGCUAUUGUAUGUUGGGGACCUCUCUUAUGCUGAUGACUAUCCGUUCCAUGACAAUAUCAGAUGGGAUACAUGGGGAAGAUUUAUAGAGAGGAGUUGUGCUUAUCAACCUUGGAUUUGGACUGUAGGAAAUCACGAAAUUGAUUUUGCUCCUGAUAUUGGUGAAACCAAACCCUUUAAGCCUUAUGAAUAUCGAUACCAGGUGCCGUUUGAAGCAUCAAAAAGUACAUCCCCAUUAUGGUACUCAGUCAAGAGAGCUUCAGCAUAUAUCAUUGUCAUGUCAUCUUACUCUGCAUUUGGUAAAUCCACUCCUCAAUACAAAUGGCUUUCAUAUGAGCUACCCAAAGUGAACAGGACUGAAACGCCAUGGCUGAUUGUUCUUAUGCAUUGUCCCAUGUAUAAUAGCUACACACAUCAUUAUAUGGAAGGAGAAAGCAUGAGGGUUAUAUAUGAGCCAUGGUUUGUGGAGUACAAAGUUGAUGUUGUUUUUGCUGGUCACGUUCAUGCCUAUGAACGAUCUGAACAAGUAUCAAACAUUGCCUACAACAUUGUAAAUGGGAAGUGCACUCCCAUACAUGAUGAAUCUGCCCCUGUUUACAUAACCAUUGGAGAUGGAGGAAAUCAAAAAGGAUUGGCAACCGGCAUGACAGAGCCACAGCCAAGUUACUCAGCCUAUCGUGAAGCCAGUUUUGGUCAUGGCAUUCUGGAUAUUAGGAACCGGACUCACGCUUAUUUCGGUUGGAAUCGUAAUCAAGACGCGUAUGCUGUAGAAGCUGAUUCUGUAUGGCUUCACAACAGAUACUGGACCUCUACACAAGAGCACUCCUCCAUAGCUGCAUCAUGAUGACACGGCCAUUUCUUUGAUGUACAUAGUUCCGUCUUUCCUAUCAAAUAUGGUUUAUGGUUAACGGUUUACGGUUUACGGUUGCAUCAGGCAUCCUCCCAGCGCCUCUACACUUGGUGAUCAGGCGAUACGUUUAUUCCAUGGAUUAGUACAAAGUUCCCAGGUUAUAAAUAAAUAAAGUAUCGCGUGUGGGUUCCACCUGCGGUGUCGGCUUCGAUGCGGAGCGUACGACACGAUCUCCGCAAGACUCGGAUCCAUGCCCAUAACUCUUCGUCGAAAACCCAAAAAUUGAAGACGUUGUUCGUUGGAGACAACGUCGUCAACCGAAACUAUACGCACGAAGUCUUAUCAGAUAGCGUAUCUCCUUUAUCUUAUACACCCUAAGAGAGGAGCUUCAGCACAUGCCACUGUCUUCUCUUUGUCUCUCACUAUCUCCUUUAUGUAUUUUAAGAUUGAUAUAGCAAUCUAAUCAGCACAUAUUAUCUAUCUUCUCUUCCACCCCUUGUAAAAAUUUGUGGUUCCUACUGGCAUGAUUUCAUGGAUAUGAAUUGAGAUGCUAGCUAAUAUGACACAUGAAUAUAUGUAUAUAUGUGAAUAUCAAA